UCGCAGUGAACUCCCCGGUUGAUGAAGGUGAAGAGAGACUGCGAAAAGUUAAGCUUGCACUUUGCAUCUCUGGAGCCGAGGCUGCCUGACGGCUGGGUGUUGGCUGGCCACCGACCUCUGCCUGCGAGAGGAACUUCUCAGUGAUUAACGCAGCGCUCAUAUUUAAGUCGCGCGGGACGUCCCGGGCCAGGCAGUAAGAGCUGGGACGUUGUUCCUUCUGGUGGCUAAACUUUCGUUCCCGCACAGCGCAACUGCGGUGCGAGGGACUGGUUGGCAAAACACACUUUGCCGCCGUGCCAACUGGUAAAAGACAGCAAGCAAAUGGAGCCCAUGGAUUACGACAAGGGGGAGCGGAAAGAAAAGUUUUUCAGAUGCAAGUACAUCGCCAUCGUCCUGUGUGGGCUGCUAGUCGCCGUGGGCCUGGCUGUGGGUCUGGGAGUGGGGCUGAGCAAUCGCAAACAGUCGCAAGCCUGCGACGAGAGCUUGAAGACGACCCCCGCCAGCCCGACCGGUAGCAGCCAGCCCCCGGCCCCGACCGGCAGCAGCCAGCCCCCGGCCCCGACCGGCAGCAGCCAGCCCCCGGCCCCCACCGGCAGCAGCCAGCCCCCGGUCCCCAACUUCUGCCCCCCCAUCACGGACUCGAGCGGGCCGUGGAGCAACUUUCGGCUGCCCGACUACAUCAACCCAGAGCACUACCAGUUGCACCUCACGCCGUUUAUGGAGGACGGCUACUACACCGGUGUGGUGGAGAUCUACAUCCGCACCAACCAAUCCUCCAAGUACAUUUGGCUGCACACUAAGGAGAGCUACCUGACUCAGCAGCCCACCCUCGGGCUGAAGGCAGGCUUGGGGAAACCCAGCCCGCUCCCCCUGACCCGCUGCUUCCAGUACAAAACCCACCAGUACUUGGUGCUGGAAGCCGAGAAGGAACUGCCCGCCACUUCUGCGGAUCAGCAUUAUGUGCUAACGCUGCACUUCAACAACAGCCUCCUGGGCUCGCUGGUCGGCUUCUACAAAACCACCUACGUGGAUAACGGUGUUACCAAGAGUAUUGCAGCUACUGACCAUGAACCAACAGACGCACGAAAAUCAUUCCCUUGUUUCGAUGAACCUAAUAAGAAGGCUACGUACAUUAUCUCUAUAACACACAGUCCGCCUUAUGAAGUGCUUUCAAACAUGCCAGUUAAGAAAGUGGAAGAUGUUGGCGAAGGCAAAAAAAAAACAACGUUUCAAAAAUCUGUUAAGAUGAGUACUUACCUGGUUUGUUUUGCUGUUCAUCAAUUUACUUACAUGGAAAGAAGGUCAUCAAGCGGUAUCCCUCUUAGAAUAUACGUCCAGCCUCAACAGAACCAUACAGCUGUCUUUGCAGCAGACACCAUGAAGACAAUCUUUGACUACUUUGAAACGUAUUUUAACAUAAGUUAUUCUCUUCCUAAACUAGAUAUGAUUGCUAUCCCUGACUUUGGGACAGGUGCAAUGGAAAACUGGGGCCUGAUCACCUACCGAGAAACUAACCUGCUAUUUGAUGAUAAAGAAUCAUCCUCAUCCAAUAAGCAACGGGUUGCCGCAGUCGUGGCCCAUGAGCUUGUUCAUCAGUGGUUUGGCAAUCUCGUCACUAUGAAUUGGUGGGAUGAUUUGUGGCUGAACGAAGGAUUUGCUAGUUUCUUUGAGUAUAUUGGAGUACAUAAAGCUCAAGCUGAUUGGUUAAUGUUGGAUCAGAUUCUCAUAGAUGAUGUUUUGCCUGUAAUGGGUGAAGAUGCUUUGUUAUCAUCCCAUCCAAUCAUUGUUAAUGUGUCAACCCCAGCAGAAAUUACCUCUGUCUUUGAUGGCAUUUCGUAUAGCAAGGGCGCCUCAAUUCUACGGAUGUUGCGUGACUGGAUAACUCCGGACCAUUUUCAGCAAGGAUGUCAGAAAUACCUCCAUGAUCAUCAGUUUAAAAAUGCAAAAACAGAUGACUUCUGGGAAGCCUUGGCUCAGGUCAGUGGUAAACCAGUGAAAGAAGUGAUGGAUACAUGGACACGACAAAUGGGCUUCCCCGUGCUGAACGUUACUUCAGAUGGUGUAGUCUCGCAGAAACGUUUCCUGUUGGACCCAAAGGCAAAUCCAAUGGAGCCUCCUUCAUUCCUGAAAUACAAGUGGAACAUUCCCAUUCAGUGGCAUACACUUGGAGGAGUAAAUGACACUUUACUGUUCAACAUGUCAAAUGCAACAGUGAAAAUUCCCAAUAAUUCGCCCGCCCACAUCUUGAAAGUGAACACAAAGCACGUUGGGUUCUAUCGUGUGCAGUAUGAAGACUCAGCCUGGGAGAGCAUUAUCCAGAAACUGAUAAGCAACCAUACAGAAUUUUCAGACAGCGAUCGCACUGGGUUCAUCGAUGACACGUUUUCACUGGCGAAAGCAGCCCUCCUACAGUACUCUGUGGCUUUAAACGUGACAAAGUACUUGAAAAAUGAAACAGAUUAUUUACCUUGGUCAGUAACUGUUUCAUCCAUUGCAUAUAUUCGGCGCAUGCUACAGGACGAUUACAGUCUUUACCCAAAGUUCCAGGCCUAUUGGAAAGAGCAGGUGAAGCCUAUUGCUCGUAUGCUUGACUGGAAUGACACAGGCACCCAUUUGGAAAGAUUACUGAGGAGUGAAGUUCUGGACCUUGCAUGCCGCAUGGGAGAUACAGAAGCAUUAGGAAACGUCCACACCUUAUUCACAGAAUGGUUAGCAGGCAAAAGUGUAGUACCUAAUCUGCGGCUGCUUGUGUACCAGUACGGAAUGCAACAGUUUGGAAAUGAGGAUUCAUGGGAAUUUAUGUUUAAAAAGUACCAGGAAACCACACUUGCCCAGGAGAAGGACAAGCUUCUGUACGGGUUAGCUUCAGUGGAGAAUGUUCAACUUCUGGACAGGUUCUUAAAACAUAUCAAAAAUGAAAGUCUCAUAAAGACUCAGGAUGUGUUUACAGUUCUCAGCUACAUUUCGUACAACAAGUUUGGGAAAACAAUGGUGUGGGAUUGGACACGACUCAACUGGGAAUACUUGGUGCAAAGAUACACAAUUAACGAUAGAAAUCUAGGACGACUAGUUUUGAAAAUAACAAGAUCAUUUAACACUGAACUCAGUUUGUGGCAGAUGAAAGACUUCUUUGCAAAGUAUCCAGACGCUGGAGCAGGAGAAACUCCUCGUAAACAAGCUCUUGAAACUGUGCAGACAAAUGUAGAGUGGUUAAACAAGAACUGGGAUGACAUACUCCAAUGGCUGGAAAGCAACGUCUGAAAAUGUAAGAUUAUUGCAAAUUCCCAGUGGAAAGAAUUGACACUGUUUAAAUACAAAGUAAGGAAAUCUACCACAGUAGCAUUUGAGUCAUGUACAAUUUUGUUUUGUUUUGGAAGUUUUAUGGAAAUUACCAUUUUUAAAAAUCUAUAUUUUAAUUGUGGCCUGAUAAUCCAAAGUGGUUUUUGCAAAUAUUUAGGAGCUGCACUGUGUUCUCCUGAUUGCAAUUACUGUGCCUUAUGAUGACUUUGUUUACAAUGCAAACAAUUAAACUGGAAUGAGCCAUGUGUUGUCCUUAUUGCAGAAAAUACAACCAGGGGACUGCUGUUAUAGUGGAAUCAAACAAAAUAAAUAAUGUGAACAUUUGAUGAAAUAACUUGCAAGCUGUUGGGUUUUAUGUGUAUCUCUCAAUUUACUUUAAAUGGAAACAAUGAAUUCUGCAGUUUCAAUAGCAACUUAAUUGUUUGCUAUUUUAAAAGUAAAAUAACAGUUGCUGAAAAAGUAAAAUAAUAAAGAACCUAAAAUGUUGGGAGUAAUCAACAACAAAAGUAGCACCUGUGGAGAGGAAAACAGUGUUAAUGUUGCCUGUAAUGUCACCGUUUUAUCCCUCUACAUUUGCUGCGUAUGAGCAAAACUUAUUGUUUUGAAAUCAGAUAAUUUAAUUGAUAAUUUAAAUAGAGGGAUUUCAAAGUGAUUUAGGAUUUUUAAGAGCUUUGAAUACUUUCAAUUGUUAAGCAAAUUUUGAAGCAAUGAAAAUAUUUUGGAUAGUUCAAGAAUUGUGUAUCCAGUUCAAAGACGUGGAAGCUUUAUUACUGAACGAGGCUUGCUUUUGACCCUUAACCUCCCCUCCCUGCCCCCCCAAUCACCUCACUUCCCCUCCCUGCCUCCCCAAUCACCUCAAAGUGAUAUUUGAUUUAUUUAAUUAAAAACAUUUUUGGAGCUUCGAAUAGUUUCAGUAUUCAAAUACUGAAGCAAAGAUCCCACCCUGCAAAAACUCAUUUCAGGGAGGGAGCACCCCUACCCCCCCAACCCCAUACCCCCCCCCCCAACAGUCGACCUCCAAGGGUGUAUGUAAUACUUUGUUUCGUGAUUUGUCUAAUCUGUAAACCAAAUUGGGUAUAUGCAGAAAAUGUGACAUUAAAUAUGUACCUAUA